AUGGGAAUUAAACACUCCUCCCGCUGUUUGCUCCUAAGGAGGAAAAUGGCGGAGUCGGACAACCCUGAGCAACCUUGGUCAUCACAACAGCCCUUGAGCGCAGCAACGUCCCAGUCAAUGCAGCCUUCUCCUCUGCCUAAACCAGUGCCAUCAGUCAAUCAUGGUCCUCGACCCACACACAACUCACACAUACCUCACUCGGGUUCCCUGUCUAACUGCCCCGGUCGAGGCAAAAUGGCCAAGUUCCUCAAUCCAGAAGAGAUGACCUCCAGAGACUACUACUUUGACUCCUAUGCUCACUUUGGUAUCCAUGAGGAAAUGCUGAAAGAUGAAGUCAGGACAAUGACCUACAGAAACUCCAUGUACCACAACAAACACGUCUUUAAGGACAAGAUUGUGCUGGAUGUAGGGAGUGGCACUGGCAUCCUGUCCAUGUUCGCUGCCAAGGCUGGUGCCAAGCAUGUCUAUGGGAUUGAAUGCUCCAGUAUAUCAGAGUACUCUGAAAAGAUCAUCAAAGCCAAUCAUCUGGACAAUGUUAUUACCAUUUUUAACGGGAAGGUAGAGGAGACAGAACUGCCAGUGGAGCAGGUGGAUAUCAUUAUUUCAGAAUGGAUGGGCUAUUGCCUUUUCUAUGAGUCCAUGCUCAAUACAGUCAUCUAUGCUAGAGACAAGUGGCUGAAACCUGGUGGUCUGAUGUUUCCAGAUCGAGCUGCUCUCUAUGUAGUGGCUAUUGAAGACAGACAGUACAAAGACUUCAAAAUACACUGGUGGGAGAAUGUAUACGGCUUUGACAUGACGUGCAUUAGAAAUGUAGCAAUGAGAGAGCCAUUGGUGGACACCGUGGAUCCAAAGCAAGUGGUGACCAACUCUUGCCUUAUCAAAGAGGUGGACAUCUACACAGUAAAGCCAGAGGACCUGUCCUUUACCUCAUCCUUUAGCCUGCAGGUCCAGAGGAAUGACUAUGUCCACGGACUUGUCACCUACUUUAAAAUUGAAUUCACCAAGUGUCAUAAAAAGACAAGUUUUUCUACAGCACCCGAUGCACCCUACACUCACUGGAAGCAGACAGUCUUUUACCUAGAAGAGUAUCUGACUGUAAAGAAGGGUGAGGAGAUUGUGGGCACUGUCACCAUGAGGCCUAAUGAAAAGAAUGCACGUGAUCUGGACUUCACUUUCGAGCUGGAUUUUAAGGGACAGUUGAGUGAGGCUGCCAUCUUUCAUGACUAUAAGAUGCGCUAA